AUGACAAUACACAGCUUGUACAUCUACGACAGACACUGCGCAUGCGUCUAUUACCAGGACUGGCACCGCACAAACCGUCCGAGACCCGCUGUAGAGGGCGGCAUUCUCCCCGCGGUCUCUCUCGCCGUCUUCCCCCGCCAGGAGGAGCCCGCUCUAGAUAGCACGCUGGCUCUCACCACUCCUCGCAGCACUCUCUCUUCUGCCUCGGGUGUCGUCGUCGCAGUGAAUGAUGAUGUGCCUCGCUCACCACUGCCUCAGCCACCGUCCGCAGCAUCUACAUCCCACCCCCAGGCAUCUAGCGCUGCGCUUCCAUUCCACGAAGAAGCCAAGCUCGUCUACGGCGUCGUCCUAUCACUGCGCAACAUGAUCAAGAAAAUAUCCGGAAGGGACGAGCAGUUCGUGAACUACCGGACAUCAACGUACAAGCUUCACCUGUAUGAGACGCUCUCGGGGUACAAGUUCGUCAUACUCAGCGAUCCGGAAGCGGAUUCUCUCCGCUUCGUUUUGCGCCAGAUCUACGCCGGUCCCUUCUUAGAGUAUGUCGUUCGCAACCCUCUUAUGGGCAUGGACUCGCGUGAACAUGGCAUAGACAACGAAUACUUCCGUGCCGGUACCGACCGCUUGAUCAGAAGUCUCACUGUCUUUCAGUAG